AGUAUACCAUUAAUGUUGAUGCGGCAAAAGUGUAUGUCGCCGAAAGAGAGAAUGCAGAAAUUUUAUUUUUAUAAAAUACUAUUUUCCUAUUUUUUUUUUCCUCUUGUUUUUUCCUUUUCUUUUCUCCAGUUUCGUUACUUACAGACUUGGCCGGAAAUUAGCUCCAGCAUUCUCCAUAUUUUCCGACGAGAACGAGUUGCAAAUUUUAUUCUUUUUUCACUGCACUUUUAUAGAGGAUCGCUGCUACUUCUAAUCUCUUCACUAACCACUUUUAAACUUCCAAUAGCAAUUGUUCCUCACAGAAAGGAAUGAAAAGAUGUAGUCCCAAGAUCAACUUUUGAUUAAACCUAGAAGAAGCCUACUAAAAUUUUCUUCGGCAUUUGACCACCCACAUAACGGAUCGUUGAUGUCGUCAUUUAUCGAAGAAGUUUUAUUUGUUGAAGCAGAAUUUUGAAUAUGGGUUUUAUUUAAUCAAGUGUACAAGAACAAACUAAAAAAGAAGAAGGGUUUUGAUUGUUAGUUGUAAAAAAUAUUCUCAUCAUGCUCGCCAUUUUCUGAUCGGGGCCUUCGGCUUUUCACUGCUUCAGGUAGUAAGGUAGGGGAGGAGAGUCAUAUUUUUUUAAUUAAUCAAAUUUACAGGGAACGAGGAAGAAGAAUUUGGUUGUUGAUUGUUGAUUGCCAGAAAAUUUUUUAGGAGUUCACCAUUUUUCGAUCUGCUUAACCAAAAAAAAAUGCUACUUCACUUAUGGGUUGAUGGAUGGAAGAAGGUGGGUUGUGUGAAAAAGGGAAAUUAGUGUAAAUAUAUGUGUCAGGGUGAUACUAGUUCCAUCUAAAAGAAAUUUUGGAAGUAAAUGGACCCGAGAAAAUAAAGUGUGUAGUUAUGCAUUUUCCUUUUCCUUCCCGACCCCAUGCAUAGAGGAUUUGUGUACCAGGCUGACCAUAGAUUAAUCUACGAUUCCUCUAGUUUUAUUAGAUUUACUUGAACGACCCUGUCCAUAAACCAGAAAACUAUUUUCUCACUUUCUCCUCCUCUUCGUUCCUCGUGAGUCCUGAGCUUUUCGCUGUCAGCAUACCAAAGCGAUUUUCCCAAAUAAAUGCCUCCUGCAGAAGUCCCUAACUCAUCAGAUCUCAUUGAUUUUCUAGUAAACAAAGGCAAUGGAGUAAAGGGUCUUUCCCAAAUUGGUCUCAAGAACGUACCUGAAAAGUUCAUUCAACCACAAGAAGAAAGACUAGAUUUUACCCAACUAGUGUCCUCAGAAUCCAUACCCAUAAUUGAUUUCUCAAAUUGUGAUGACCCAAAAGUUGCAGAAUCAAUAUGUGAUGCAGCAGAGAAAUGGGGUUUCUUUCAGAUUAUUAAUCAUGGUAUUCCAGUUGAAGUUCUUGAGAAUGUAUUAGAAGCUGGGCACAAGUUCUUUGAGUUGCCUGUUGAGGAAAGGAGGAAGUAUUUGAAAGAGAAUUCACCUACUCACACUGUGCAGUUGAAGACCAGCUUUAGUCCUCUGGCUGAGAAGGUUUUGGAGUGGAAAGAUUACCUUUUUCAUAUCUAUGAUUCUGAGGAUGAGAGCAGCACUAUGUUGUGGCCUGCUGUUUCCAAAGAUCAGGUUUUGGAGUACAUGAAAUGGGCUAAACCUGUUACAGUAAAGCUUCUAGAGGUGCUGCUCAAGGGACUAAAUGUGAAGCAGAUUGAUGAAGCAAUGAAGUCUGUUGUAAUGGGUACGCUGAUUGUUAACCUCAUUCACUACCCUACGUGCCCGAACCCUGAGCUCACUGCUGGUGCUGGUCGUCAUGCUGAUGUUUCUUCAAUCACUAUGCUCUUACAAGAUGAUGUCGGUGGCCUUUAUGUGCGAGAACCCAAAGGCGAUUGCUGGAUUCAUGUGGCCCCAGUCAAAGGAGCGCUCGUAAUCAAUAUAGGGGAUGUCCUUCAGAUCAUGAGCAACGAUAGGUACAAGAGCGUUGAGCAUCGCGUGAUUGUAAAUGCCAAUAGAAAUAGAGUAUCAGUGCCAAUAUUUGUGAAUCCAGCGCCUGAUGCAGUUUUGGAUCCUUUGCCACAAGUGCUAGAAAAUGGAGAGAAACCGUUUUAUAAGCAGGUGAUUUAUUCAGAUUAUUUCAAUUAUUUCUUCAGUAAAGGCCAUGAGGGCAAGCAGGCAAUUGAAUUUGCAAAGCUAUGACACAAUUUGUUGAUUCUACCCUCUUUGCCUCUAUAUAUAGAUUAUGGAGAGUGAUCAGUGUUCUCCCUUGUUUAAAUUAUAUCAUAGAGAAAAACAUGCUACUUAAGGCUAAAUUUACUUUGUUUUCCUGGUUGUACGCUAUUCAAACUAUUCCGAUAGAAAAGAAUAUUGGAUAGAGAUGUGUAAACAUCUGGUGCAGGUAAAUAUUUUACUCUCUUUAGAAUGCUGAUAUUGUUGUAGAUGCUCGCGUUGUAAAGUUGUAGCCAAUUUCUUGAGCCUUUAAAGCAAAGAAUUUGGUAACUACAAAUGAGAAAAGCAUUUUGACACGCCAUCCUAAAUUCUGUGUAGC